UGUUAAUUUUACAAGAAAAGGCUAAACAGGUUGCAGCAACUUUAAAAAUUCAAAAUUUUGCUGCAUCUGAUGGUUGGUUGCAGGAUUUCAAAAAACGAUAUCAUAUUGUUUGUACUACAUAUUGUGGAGAAGCCGCUAGUGCCCCUAUUGAAAAAUUACCUGAAUUUCGUAAAUCUUUACAAAAUAAAACAUCAAAUUAUAAUCUAGUAGAUAUUUAUAAUUGUGAUGAAAUGGCACUUUAUUGGCUUUUAGAACCUUCAAAAUCACUUACACAUAGUCGUAUUUCAGGAGUUAAAAAGCCAAAAAAUUGUGUAACUGUAAUGUUAACAUAUAAUGCAGUUG